GGAAGGAACGGUACCCAAAAGUAGUCAAAUCUCGGUCGCACGCGGCUGAUUUCCCAUUCCGCGCCUUCUUUUUCUACAGUACUUCUUGGACCUCUUGUCCGACGACUCGCAACUACUUUGGGCUUUUGUGCUCCUUCCACCCGGUUCGCCUUUUGACAUUCUGACAGCAACACAGACGGGGAGAAGUCCCGUUUGCAAGCAAAUCUGUGCCUGCCAUGCCAUUCCUCUUAGCUGGCGCGCCUUCCUGACGUCUGAAGGCUCGUUUUCGAAGCCUUUUUUCUCUUUGCCCAGGGCGUAAAAGGAUUUCACGAGCUAUGUCUCACCUUGUCGUUGGCUGAAGGCACACAGAGAAACGCACAUACACUCAACAACUUGAACUUGUCACGUCAAUCAAUCUUGUCAUCAAUUGUCACACGUCUUGUAGUGUGAUACCCUCAUUAUCCCGAUUGGUUCUUUAGUCUUCUGUUCAAUCAAAAGACUCUGCUUUGAGCUCCUCGGGCACGCAAUAGCCAGUCAACUCUGAAAAAUCUCGCGAUUACGAUUCUUCCUGCUCAAAUUCUUACACACAUACACACACAAACGUCAUUCCAAGGCUGUUCGAAAAACUGUUUCUUCAACAUGCUCCUCAAUCCCAUUUUCCUCAUCGCCGGCCUGGGUGCAGGCGUCAGCUCGGCCUACCACCUGCUUCGCCUACCAAAGUCAAUGGGCUACAAGAGAGAGUGGUCACAGCUCUCGCCUUGCAGCAACUUCAACAUCAGUCAAGUCAUGGUGGGGACCAACUACUCGGUCAAUGGUUACCCGUUGGCAGUUACAUCCACCAACGCCAACGUCACCUUCACGGUCAGGGUCCGUUUGCUCAAUGAUUCUGCCGAAGAAAAGUUCCAUCAGAUCUUGCCACCACUAGUCAUGUCCAUGUAUGGCACCUUGUGCAUUCCGUCGGUACCCGUCGACAAGAAGUGGGUUGGCCAGCUUGCCCAGUACCAGGUCAUCUCGGACCACGCCUCCAUGAGGACCUACCAGUGUUCUCUCGUCCAGUUUUUGGAUACACCCGCUGUGGACGCCUCGUCUUUUGACGUCUGCAAGAACACGACUGGUGUCAAUGGUACAUUCCAGGAGUGGGGAAGCGAGAUUCUCACCACCCCUACCCCGUCCUCCGCGCUCCCAGCUCCGACCGAGGUCGAACCUGAGAAUGCGGCUCAGGACCAUAUGGCCAAGCUCAACCCAUGGAUGAUGGUCGGCGUGCCGGCCAUUACUGGUCUUCUUCCGAUUCUUGUCACACUUGUCUAGGGGUGUUUUAAAAGCCUCGACGACUUGCUCACCUCGUUUCUCGGUGGUUGAUCUUAUUUAGCGUCCAGAGGAUACGAGAUGGGGUGGAUAUGUGUAAAUUGGUGCAGCUGGGGACUCACAAGUCAGGACGAAGCGUGGCGUUUAAUGGGAUCUGUUAUUUCUUUUAUGGUGUCGACCGCUGGUUGGCACAGGAUCAAAAGUUGAUUUUUGGGAGGACAUGUGUUGCUUUGUGUUUAUGAAGAUAUCCCGCCAAUCUUUUGGUAUGCAUUGUUAAUAGGUAAUAGAAACAAGACAAACAAUCAACAGAGCC